AAAGAACCGCCGGAGCUCCACAUCUUCCGAAACUUCAAAAAAUCUUAAUACACAGAACUACAAAUAUAUAAAUUCAAUCUUGUCACACUUAAAUUCUACUUUUCUUUUCCUUUCCCUUCUCUUCCCUUCUCUUCCUUCUUCAUACAACCAACCAUUUGUCUCUUCAUGAUCAACUAGACAAACCUCCUCCAAAAAAUCUCAAGAUGGUAAAUCAAGAGUUGAAUCAAAGCAAAUACGUAACCUUAGUAUCCAGUGAUGGCUUCGAGUUUGUAGUGCUUCGUAAAGCCGCCAUGAUUAGUCCCGCCAUCCGUGGCAUGCUGGAUCCUAAGAGCAAAUUCGCUGAGGCACAGUCUGGCCGAUGCCACUUUCCAGAGAUUUCCGGACUAGUCCUCGAGAAGGUAGUCGAGUACUUCCAAUAUUGGUACAAGAAUAAGGACCGUGAAGAAGCCCCGGAGAUGGAUAUCCCCGUUGACAUGUGUCUCGAGCUUCUGACGGCGGCGGAUUUCCUUGGUCUUGACAACGCAACCUAACUUCCCACGCGCAGCUACCAAUCCUACCUAGGUAGAUGAAGUUGGGAUUAAUCACGAGAUACAUGGCUAAAGACGGAUCGGAUAUCACGAGGCAUAAUGGCGUUCCAUCGGCGUAACAUAACGAUACCACUUCAGGAUGAGUACCUACAUUUGAUUUGCAAGUCGAGGAAAGAGAUGUUUUGAGAAGGUUAAUGAAGACUGAUAUACAUCAUGGCCGAAUCUCGCUGCCCGCGAAGGUUACAGUCAACGGUGAGUUGAAUGAAUGCCUUCAGUGACAUGUGCCUUGCGGCUCUCUCUUAUGCCCCAUCUAAGCAUAUACGUUCAACAUUUCACUCCUCCGUGGGUUAAACGUCUAUAUCAGAUGGAAGAUUGAUUUUAUAGUCCCCCUCACUCUGCGUGCCUUGAGUUUCUCUAUGAAGAUCAUGCUUUUUAGGAGGGGAUACAUACCUAUGCACAUCGAAAUUAAUAUGUCAGUAACCAGUGGGUUAUGCCCACAGUAUAAUUAAUAUAUUUUGUCGUGAAAAAACGUGCUCCAAUUUUAC